UUUCACCUUUGACAUUUAUUUUCUCCAAAAAUUUAUAAAAAAUGAUGUCAUAAUAAUUAAUAAAUAUCGUACCCCCACCGUACAAAUCCAACUCCCCGGUCACAUCGCCGCCGGCAAAAAAAAAAAUGUCAGUUCGAAAAAACCUCGGAUCCGAAUUUUUUUGUUUUAUAUCCGCCAUCACUAGACGACCGAAUGUUAAAGAUGUCUUAGUAUCUGUUUUUGUUCCAACUUAGAUUUAUAUACAUAUUUUUCGAAUAGUUUGAACAAGGAUCCUUUUUUUGUUGUUGUGAUAAAAAAAUAAAAUUGUUGUAAUGGAAUCAUCUUUGAUUAUUCGUUUACUUACUGAAGAUCUUUUGUAUCAUGUUCUUGACUAUCUAACCGAUGAUUUGGACCGAAAAUCGUUCCGGGCAGCUUGCAAAACGUUUCAUCGGGUUGAGGCUGGUCACAGGACCAGCCUCAGGUUUUUCCGGCCCGAGUUUAUUCCGGAUCUUCUCCGAAAAUACACUCGGGCCGAUAAGCUAGAUUUCUCGGUCUGUCCGAGGAUCUACAACGGGACGGUGUCCAUGUUGUUGAAUGAUGAAAGGUGUGUAGGGUGGGCCAAUAGAGUGAAGAAGUUAGUGUUGUGUAGGACAACAUCUUUAAGGUUUUCGGGUUUGGAGAUGUUGGUUGGGGCGUGUACUAGGUUGCAAGUGGUGGAUGUUUCGCAUUGUUGUCAGUUUGGGGACAGGGAGGCGGCUGCGAUUUCGAUGGCGGUCGGGUUGAGGGAAGUUAAAAUGGAUAAGUGUUUGGGAGUGAGUGAUGUUGGGUUAGCUAAGAUUGCAAUUAGGUGUGAAAAGUUGGAGAAGAUUAGUAUGAAGUGGUGUUUGGAAAUAACUGAUUUAGGGAUUGAUUUGUUGUCAAAAAAAUGUUCCCAUUUGAAACAUAUAUCUGUCUCUUAUCUCAAGAUAAGUAAUGAAUCACUAAGGUCAAUAAGCGGUUUGAGAAAAUUGGAGGUUUUGUUAAUGGUGGGAUGUGGAUUAGUGAGUGAUGAAGGUUUGGAUUUUAUUGGAAAUGGUUGUCCUUCUCUUCAGGUAUUAGACGUAUCAAGGUGUGACCAUGUGAGUUCUGCCGGCCUCAUUAGUGUCACUAAAGGAUGUCAAGGCCUUCGAAAGCUUGAUGCUGGUUACUAUUUUCUCGAGCUUUCCACCACUUUCUUUCGCAAUCUUGAAUACUUGAAGCAUCUGAAAACAAUUAGAGUUGAUGGAGCACGAGUAACCGAAUCUUUCUUUCAAACCAUAAGUACUAAUUGCUUUUCGUUAGUUGAAGUUGGUUUGAGCAAAUGCGAAGGGGUGAACGAUGCAGGUAUUAUGCAGCUUGCAUAUGGGCAUCCCAACCUAAAGAUACUCGAUUUAACAUGCUGUAAUGACCUCACCGAUAUGGCAAUAUUAGCAAUAGCACACUCUUGUACGAAACUUUUGUGCCUCAAGUUGGAAUCUUGCUCUUUACUCACUGAAAGAAGUUUUGGUUAUCUCGGGUCAUCAUGCCACUUACUUGAGGAGCUUGAUUUAACAGAAUGUAGUGUGAAUAACAAAGGACUCGAAAAUCUAUCGAAAUGUUUGGAGCUCAAGUGCUUAAGAUUAGGAUUUUGUACAGAUAUUUCAGACAAGGGAUUGUCUUAUAUUGCUUCGCAUUGCAAAAAUCUUAAAGAACUUGACCUAUACAGGUGUUCGAAUAUUGGUGAUGAUGGAUUGGGUUUUAUAGCAAGUGGUUGCAAAAAGAUUAAGAAGCUAAAUAUGUGUUACUGCACUAAGGUCACAGACAAAGGGAUGGCUUAUUUAAGCCAGUUGGAGGAACUCUCUGAUUUAGAGAUGCGUAAUAUUACCGAAGUCACAAGUGUGGGCCUAGCAGCUCUUGCAUUGGGAUGCAGGAAGCUUUCAGAAUUGGAUAUGAAACAUUGUGGGAACAUUAGUGAUGCGGGAUUUUGGGCGCUUGCAUAUUACUCUUGGAAUUUGCAACAGAUUAAUAUAAGUUUCUGUGCGGUGUCUGAUGUGGGCUUGUGCAUGAUGAUGGGGAACUUGACACGCCUGCAAGACGCAAAGCUGGUGAACCUCACAAAGGUAUCUGGAAGAGGGUAUGAACUUGCACUCAGGGCAUCUUGUGCUCGACUUAAAAAGGUUAAGUUGCUUGCUUCUGUUAGACCAUUUCUUUCGGCUGAGUUACUCGAGACUCUUGGAGCAAGUGGUUGUAGAAUCAGAUGGGAUUAAAUGAUGUUUAAUUAAAAGAAGUACAGUGUGAUUUAGUGUUGUGUGAAAGGCUUUGUUCAAACUCAGUAAUGAGUUAAAACGACUGUUGUUUGCAAGUGUUAUAGUAGAGCAUGUGAAUGCCAAAAAUUUACCAUUUCGAUCUAUGUAUGAUCAAGUGCUAGAUAACUUGGAGUGAGCAUAUUGAGCAUAAGAUUAUCAUGCACAUCCGGCACGUACCAAGGGCGGAUAUGACUAUACUUGAAACAUGUUCCACCUUUGUGCUUUUGCA